UAUUAUAAAUUAAAUAAAAAAUGAUUUUUAAAGUGAUUUAUUUUGGUUAAGAUACACAAAUUUUACAUUGAUUUAAAAUUUUCGUGCAAGUUAUUUGCGUCGAUUCAUUAUGUAGAAUUCUUAUAGUAUGUUAAUAAUUACCCGACAACUAUUACUAUUACUAUAGACCUAUAGCGAAUUGUUAGCACUUACAAAUAUUGUAAAAUUUGAUACCGCUCAGGUAAUAAUGGUACAACCUUUUUGCAAGUACGAUGACCAACAAGCUACAGUUGUGAUAUGGUGAAAAUUCAGUUAAAACAUUAUUGAUUUCAAAUUAAUAAUUCGAUUAGUUUUUAUAGAUUGUGUAUGUAGCUUUGUUAUAAAAAUUAACUUUAUUAAAAGUUAAUUAAUGAGGCUGAUAAAACCAAGUUGGAUACACCAUGAAGGUAAACCAAUAUUUUCAAUUGAUGUUCAUCCUUCUGGAAAUAAACUUGCAACAGGAGGCCAGGGGGGAGAUUCUGGAAGAGUGGUCAUCUGGAAUUGGGCCCCCUUAGUCUCACUCGAUGCUGAAAAUGAUCCCAAUGUUCCAAAAAUAUUGUGUUUAAUAGAUCAGCACUCAGCUUGUGUAAAUUGUGUACGAUGGAGUUGGAGUGGAACAAUGUUAGCAUCAGCGGGAGAUGACAAACUGAUCAAGAUAUGGAAGAAAGGAGCAGGAACAGGCGGAACUGUUUUUGGUAGCAAGGUUGUUAAUAAGGAAAAUUGGAAAUGUUCAGCUACUUUACAAAUUCAUCAAGGUGAUAUUUUGGAUUUGUCAUGGUCACCAGGAGAUCGGUGGCUAAUGAGUUGCAGUGUUGAUAAUACAAUAAUUAUUUGGGAUACUACAACUUUUACUGUAAAAGAACAACUUAGUGGGCAUACGGGAAUGGUGAAAGGUGUGGUUUGGGACCCUGUUGGUAAAUAUUUAGCUUCACAAUCUGAUGAUAAGAGUGUUAGAGUUUGGCGUACGUCAGAUUGGAUGCAAGAAGCUGUUAUUACGGAACCUUUUGCUAAAUGUGGAGGUACUACUCAUGUUUUGCGUCUUUCCUGGUCACCAGAUGGUCAGUACUUGGUUUCAGCUCAUGCCAUGAAUGGCAGAGGUCCAACAGCCCAAAUAAUUGAACGAGAUGGAUGGAGCAGUGACAAAGAUUUUGUUGGCCACAGAAAAGCUGUAACAUGUGUUAGAUUCAACAAUAAUAUAAUGGAACGAGGCGCUAGGCCUGGAGCCCGGCCUGUCAAAUAUUGCUGUCUUGCUAUGGGAUCACGAGAUUGUGCAUUAUCUGUUUGGUGCACUUCAGAUCACAGACCAUUAUUUGCAAUACAUGAUUUAUUCACAAAGAGUGUAAUGGAUCUUUCAUGGAGUGCUGAUGGAUUGUCUUUAUUAGCUUGUAGUUGGGAUGGCAGUGUAGCAUGCUUGCAUUUUAAAAGUGAAGAAAUGGGUCGACUGUUGACGAGUGCAGAAAAGAAUGCAUUAUAUGAAAGACUUUAUGGACAGUCAGCUGAAAACAUAAAUGAUUCUGGAAAUCGCACAAUUCUGGAAAGUUGUGAUUUAUUGGAUGAAACCAUCAAACCAGUGCCAAAUCAAGUAAAUGGUGUUGAAGAAACAAGAAUAGUAUCUAGUGAAGUAUCGAUUAAAGACCAAAGUUUAAAUGUUAGUGUUGAACAAGAAACCAUAAUCAAUAAAUCACAACCUCCACCUACUGCACCAAAACCAAUAAACAAACAGAUUGAAACGAGAACAUCUGAUGGCAAACGUAGAAUUACUCCCAUGUUUAUCCCAGCAAAUGUAGAAUCAAAUAGUUUACAAAAUGGAACUAGUUUUCCAAGCAGUGCAGUCAUGUCAAACAGUAAAGCAGCUAGUAUAACAAAUCCUAUGGUUAAACCCUCUGUUACCAUGUCUAAUCAAGUCACUCUUCCUAAGUCAAAUGUUGCAUCUAAUAGGAUUAUUGAUAAUAAUAAAACUGUAGAUGAAUCGGCUCUAGAUUUACCAAGUGUUGGACCUGCAGCAGUUCCAGAAAAAAAAACUAAAUUAGAUAAUGUUCGAUCUAAUAUAUCCCAAGCAGGACCAUUAGCAGCAUUUACUGGAAAUGUAGUUCGGGAUGCAGGAAAAUAUAAAAUACAGGUGCGUCAAUUGUGUAUGCAGCCUGCACAGCUUCUUUCAUAUCAGUGGCUUGUGAAGAUAUGCUGCACUAACAACAAAUUCUCAUGUUCUGGUUGGAAUAUAUCUGAAAGAAAAGCUAUUUUUCGUGAAACAUUUGGACAUCUUUUAGCAGAUGCUACAUUAUUGAAUUGUGCUCUAACACAUUUUGGUAUGCCAAUCAUAACAUUUUCAAAUGGCAAAUCAUAUACUUAUUGUAAGGAUCUACAAACAUGGAUAAUGUUAUGUAAUCCACGAGACCCUGUAAUGAGGAUAGGAAUGUGGUCCGUCUCUAAAGCUACUCCGCCUCCUAGGGGACAAGCUUUGACUAUUGCACAACAUGCAAUAUCUGCCAAGUCCAUGUUAUAUGGUGCUGGUAAUACUCGUCAGCAUGCAGCAGCCCAAAGCUUUCUGGAAUCACAAUUGAUAGCAAGUGAGGCCUUGAAAUCAGCUGAUGACUUCCGAUAUUGGCUAGAAGCGUUUAUGGAGCAUUUAGGAGCUCAUGGGCCUGAGCAAGCAUUGAGACGAGUACUAGAUGAUCUGUUGGGACUUGACAAAAAUGUACUAUUAGAAUCUUGCCUACGAAUUCUGAGGAAGCGUAAAUGGCAAAGAAUAUAUUUAGAAUAUUCAGAUCAGAUAAAUGAAAUAAAUGCUCAAAAUACUAAUCAUUUUGGUAUCAUAUGUUAA